GUAUUCUUGCUGGCAACCUCUGUCUUCAACCCCAUAAUAUUUUCUGUUUUUUUCUUCAUUGUUCAAACGUUGCUGUAACUCUUCCCUCUAAUCUCUUACUACCCACCAAGAACAGAGAUAGACAGAGAAAAGUUUAGUGGGAGCAACAAAUUAAGGAGCUUGAAAUCUAAAUUCAAUCUUUUCUCCUUUCUUUCUGAGAACAAGAUGAAGAGGGUAGCUUCAUCUUGUUCAAUUUUGAUCUUCUGCUUAGCCCUUAUCGUUGCAAUCUCAGCUUCUUCAGCAGAAUCACCCUCUUCGAUAUACGAUGUUUUGAGGUCGCAUGGGCUUCCAAUCGGUUUGCUCCCAAAAGGGGUGACAGAAUUCAGCUUUGACGAAAGGGGCAGGUUCGAAGUUCAUCUUGAACAAGCCUGCAAUGCCAAGUUUGAGAAUGAGGUGCAUUACGAGCGCAACGUUUCUGGGUUUCUUAGCUAUGGCCAGAUCGGGGCUUUGUCUGGUAUAUCGGCUCAAGAGCUGUUCCUUUGGUUUCCUGUAAAGGGUAUUCGUGUUGACAUCCCAAGCUCCGGUCUUAUUUACUUUGAUGUUGGUGUCAUUUACAAGCAAUUUUCUCUUUCUUUGUUUGAGACACCACCGAACUGCAAGGCCGUUGACUCUGAUCUUCUCCUUUCAGAGAGCCGAGCCAUUGUUUCAACGGUUUCUAAGAGUCAAUCCGGGAAGCUCCGGUAUAAACUUGAUCAGGGAGAUGUUAAAAUUGCAGUUCUGUAAAUGUGCAGGCGAGGAUAAGUCAAGAUUCAUUAUAGCUCAAUCAACCUGUUCUGGGGGCUCCUUUACCUUGGGAGACUGUCUCAGAGAGUCUGGUUUCGUUAGUUCUUAUGCUUCAAUGGUGUGUGCUUGCUUGCAGUAUAGUACAGACUAGUUGGGCCCGCUCCUUCUGUCCUGCAGGGGAGGAAAGGAAAAUUUUGACCAUGAGGAGAGGAUUAUUGGUGCACGGAGUCGCUACAUAGGAAUAAUGAAGGCGAGAUGGGGGCUUGUCGGGUCGAGGUGGUUUCAGAUGAUAAAUAUGUUGAAGGCUAUUUUACUCAGUUGUGAUCUUAUUGUUGUUAUUUGUAAGAUAGAAAUUGGUGCUGGAUCAAGUCUCUGUAAAUGCAGGUAUCUGUUUGUAUUGUCAAUGCAAGUCUUAGAUUGAGGUAAGAAGUGCAUAUCCUUUUAGAUACAAUGAAGUAUAUUUUUCAUUCUUUGCUUU